AUGCAAGAAAGAAACACAGCGACUGUUGUGUUUGAGACUGUCAUAUUUACCCUUACAAUGAUUCUUUCUCUAUUUGGGAAUCUUAUGGUGUGCUAUGCCGUACGAAGAAACCCAAGGCUUCGUAGCUCAAGCAACUACUACAUCAUUUCCUUGGCCCUAACAGAUAUUUCAAUAGCUUUGUUUACAAUGCCGCUGUCAGUUGUGUUGUUGGCUACUGGAAAAUGGCCUUUUGGAACUUUUCUGAGUCGUUUUGCAACCAUUUCCACGUUAUCAUUGACGAACAUCUCGACAUCCACCAUGGCACUGAUGGCCUUAAACAGGUAUUACAAGAUAGUGAAGCCAGCAAAAUACCAAACUAUUUUUACGAAGAAGUUUAUCAUCUCCACAGCAUUAGGUGUGUGGGCUGCAUUCGUUUCUCUUGCUCUUCUCUCUGUGCUCGCAUUUGGUUCGAGAAAUGAUAUGAUUCCAGCUUUUGAAGUUCCUGGGACAACAUUUCCAAUGCCAGUUGCUAAACUAACUGCGGUUGUUAUUUUCUAUUCGCCGUAUGCUGUCAUCAUUUUCUGUUACUGGAAGGUUUACAAGACUGUGAAGAUACACAAUGCAAAUGUUUCGUGGCAGAGUGCAAAUGUACAAGAUGUUCGAGUCUACAAAAUUCUGCUUGUCACUGUUGUCGGCUUUCUCAGCCUCUGGUUGCCGUCUCAAACUAUCUUUCUUAUGUCUUUUUAUAUAGCGUUACCACGCCAGCUUAAACUUUUUGCGACUUUUCUUAUUUACUCAUCCAGUUUCAUAAAUCCGUUCAUUUAUGGUUUUAUGAACCGUUCAUUCAGAAAUGAAUUCAAAAACUUCUUGAUUCUGAAAAAGAAGCACUCGAUAGGCUCGGAAGCAAGUCCUGCGAAACCAGAAAACAUUGUUCAGAUUAUUAAUUAG